AGGCAUCAUGUAUCUAGGCCACACAAUACGGGCUGCAGGCUCAUUGUUGCUGCUUACCAGCAGGCCUAUCACCGCCCCGGGGACGAGGCCUCUCUCUCUGUCUUGGGACAGUUCACCAUGCAUCUCACCCAGCUCAACCACGAAUGUCUCCUUCACCUUUUCUCCUUUUUGGACAAGGACAGUCGGAGGAGUUUGUCCCUUACCUGUCAUCAGCUGCGCGAGGUCUUCCUGGACCCCCGCCUCUGGAAUCUACUCCACUUCAGCUCCCCGUGUCAGCUGAGGAGAGACAACUUUGUGCUGGGACCCUCAUUGCGGUACUUGACUGUUUGCUGGUACUCUAGCAGGGUCCUACAAGUGUGCAACAUUGAGGACUGGUUGAAGAGCUCGUUCCAGAAGGACAUCUGCAGUAAACAUGAAAGCCUGGUCAGCACUUUCCUGACUCAUGUCUGCCACAUGUGUCCCAACCUGCUCUCUCUAACCCUGUCUGGCUGUGGACACAUCACUGACCAGGAUGUAAUCUCCAUGCUGCAGAGCUGCAGGAAGCUGCGCUGCCUCCACCUGGAGAACUGUGUCCGCAUCACCGACCGCAGCCUGGAGGGCGUGGCAGCUCAUGGAGACAGUCUGGAGGAGGUAAAGGUGGACUUCUGCAGGAACAUCACUCAGGCGGGGCUGCAGGCUGUCAAAGAGAAGAGGCCCAGCAUCCACCUGAGUGCAGAGAGGAGUGCUGAUAUGAUCCCAGACAGCAAGCCCGAGGAGAGUGUGCCACUCAGGAGGACACUGCAGAAGGUCCUGCUGUUCUCCUGAUGGGAAUAAUUUGACAUUCCUUUCCCAUGGACCACAAGGAAGAGUAACAUUUGGACUUAUCAUUUGAGGACUUUGAUGUGAUGCGUUUGUUCUGAUUUGUAGUUGCAUUUAAUAGAAGAGUUUCUGCACCAUUUUUAUCAUUUGUGUGCAACAUAAGUCUUUCUUAUUUUUUAAGCUGUCUAUAUUCCAUGUUAUCCUAACCAUAAAGAACUCCAGACACACUCACAAUAAAGUCUUAUGUAUACAUGUGGCCUUAUCAGCAACUCUUAAUCAAUAAACAAAAACAUUAUGCAAUUUUAUGAUUCCAUUCUUAAAGGUCCAUGUGUAACAUUUAGGACAUUCAUUCAUAGAACAUAAUAUUCAUUGGUAUAUUUUCAUGAUCAUGUCAUGUAUCUGUGUUUCAUGUAUUUUCAUGUACAGUGUAUAAUCACCUCUUUUUAUUGGGUUUCUUUUUUUUUUUUGUUUAUCUACAGAGGUUAGCCAGUUAGAUUAGCUUAGCAUAAAGCUGGAAAUAGGGAGAAACAGCUAGCCUGGUUUACGGCUAGGGUAUCAAAAUCCACCUACCAGCACUUCUACAGCUCACUAAUUAAUAUAUAUGUUAAUGUCAUUUGUUUAUUUGUACAAAAACUGAGGUGAAAAACAACAAUUUAAAAGACACUCAAAAGGUGCAUGGUUGCACUGUGUCCUCAGUCUCUGUUAUGGUAAAACAUUUCAGGAAGGAAGGGAUCUCUGAGGGCAAAGUGUGCCUGAGCUCUGAUUGAAUCAUGUUAUAUAAGCCUGUGAGACAUAUGAAACAAGGUUGAUUAAGGGGGUGUGUCUAUUUGUAAAAGCCACGUGACAAAUUCAUUGCAGGCUGCUGCUGUAGAGUGCUCCCAAUCCUAUGACUGCAUCUCUGAAGAAUAUAUUUUCACACAAGGUCCACAUAAUAAGGAACACAAUUCUUUCAAUCCUACCUGCACUAUUCAGAUAUUGUUUCCUUUCCAGUUUCCCUUUGAAAGGUCAUAAUACUGUGGUUUUUAUUGACUGUUUUUUUUUUACUCAGCGUGUACCUGUUUACUUAUUUAUUAAAUGUGUCUAUGAGAAUUUUC